GGGACAUCUCCCCACUCUGCACACCAUGGCUGUUGGCCGGAGGAAGCUGGCCCCACUCUGGGCCCUGGCCUUUGCCCUGGCCUGCACCCGGCACCCAGGCCAGGCCCAGCAGGGCUCUCUGCAACCCGGCCGUGAGCCCAGCGCCGACCUCUCUCCCCUUCCAGGGCACAGCGGUGACCCCCUCCUCAGGAUGACUGACACCCCGCCUCUGAGCACCAUCCCUGUGGUCCAAGCCCCGAACCCGGCCCACAACGGGCGGGUGUGCAGCACCUGGGGCGACUCCCACUACAAGACCUUCGACGGGGACAUCUUCCGCUUCCCCGGCCUGUGCAACUACGUGUUCUCUGCCCACUGUGGAGCCGCCUACGAGGACUUCAACGUGCAGCUGCGCCGCAGCCGGGCGGCCAACACCACCACGCUGAGCAGGGUCAUCAUGAAGCUCGAUGGCCUGGUCAUCGAGCUGAAUGAGAGCUCCGUCCUGGUCAAUGGCCACCCGGUCCAGCUGCCCUUCAGCCAGUCUGGGGUCCUGAUGGAGCGCAGCAACGGCAACCUGAAAGUCACGGCUCGGCUGGGCCUCGUCUUCAUGUGGGACCAGGACGAUGACAGCCUCCUGCUAGAGUUGGACAGCAAGUUCGCCAACCAGACCUGCGGGCUCUGUGGGGACUUCAACGGCAUCCCAGUGUUCAACGAGUUCCUUUCCCACGAUGUCAGGCUGACCCCCAUGGAGUUUGGGAACCUGCAGAAGAUGGACGGGCCCACGGAGCAGUGCCAGGACCCCGACCCUGCACCCCAGAACUGCUCCAUCAGCUCCGGCAUCUGCGAGGAGCUCCUGCGAGGCCAGCUGUUCUCGGGCUGUGCGGCCCUGGUGGACGUCAGCAGCUACGUGGAGGCCUGUCGGCAGGACCUGUGUCUCUGUGAGCAGGCCGACCUGCCCAGCUGCAUCUGCCACACGCUGGCCGAGUACUCACGGCAGUGCGCCCACGCAGGGGGCCUGCCCCAGGACUGGAGAGGCCCCGACCUCUGCUACCAGACGUGCCCCCUGAACAUGCAGCACCAGGAGUGUGGCUCCCCCUGCACAGACACCUGCUCCAACCCCCAGCGCUCCCAGCUCUGCGAGGACCACUGCGUGGCCGGCUGCUUCUGCCCUGAGGGGACGGUGUUUGAUGACAUCGGCCAGACUGGCUGUGUCCCCAUGUCUCAGUGUUCCUGCAUGUACAAUGGGACCUCCUACGCCCCAGGGGCCAACUACUCUACAGACUGCACCCGGUGCACCUGCUCCGGAGGCCGCUGGAGCUGCCAGGAGGUGCCGUGCCAGGGCACCUGCUCUGUGCUGGGCGGCUCCCACCUGUCCACGUUUGACGAGAAGCAGUACACCGUGCAUGGGGACUGCAGCUACGUGCUGACCAAGCCCUGCCACGACGAUGCCUUCACGGUGCUGGCCGAGCUGCGCAGGUGCGGUCUGACCGAGAGCGAGACCUGCCUGAAGGGCGUGGAGCUGCGCCUGGGCGGGGGCCCCACGGCUGUGGUGGUGAAGGCCAGCGGGGAGGUGUUCGUGAACCAGAUCUACACGCAGCUGCCCGUGUCCACAGCCAAUGUCACCCUCUUCAGACCCUCGACCUUCUUCAUCAUCGCGCAGACCCACCUGGGCGUGCAGCUGGCCAUCCAGCUGGUGCCCACCAUGCAGGUGUUUGUGCGGCUGGCCCCUGAGCUCCGGGGACUGACCUGCGGUCUCUGCGGGAACUUCAACAGCAUCCAGGCCGAUGACUUCCGGACCAACAGCGGGGUGGUGGAGGGCACGGGGGCCGCCUUCGCCAACACCUGGAAGACCCAGGCUGCCUGCCCCAAUGCCAAGAGCAGCUUCGAGGACCCCUGCUCGCUCAGCGUGGAGAAUGAGAAGUACGCCCAGCACUGGUGCUCACAGCUGACCAGCCCUGACGGUCCCUUCGCCCAAUGCCACGCCACCGUGAGCCCCAGCACCUACUAUUCGAACUGCAUGUUCGACACGUGCAACUGCGAGAAGAGCGAGGACUGCAUGUGCGCGGCCCUGUCCUCCUACGUGCAGGCCUGUGCCGCCAAGGGCGUGCUGCUGCGUGGCUGGAGGGCCGGCGUCUGCACAAAGCCCACAACCACCUGCCCCAAGUCCAUGACCUACCACUACCACAUCAGCACCUGCCAGCCCACCUGCCGUGCCCUGAGCGAGGAGGACGUCACCUGCCAUGUCAGCUUUGUCCCUGUGGAUGGCUGCGCCUGCCCAGAGGGCAUGUUCCUGGACGCCUCGGACAAGUGUGUGCCGGCUGCCAGCUGCCCCUGCUACCACAGGGGCUCCAUGGUCCCCAACGGCGAGUCUCUGCACGACAGCGGGGCCGUCUGCACCUGCACACAGGGGACACUGACCUGCAUCGGGGGCCCAGCGCCCACCCAAGUGUGUGACGCACCUAUGGUCUACUUCGACUGCCACAAUGCCACUCAUGGGGCCACCGGAGCUGGCUGCCAGAAGAGCUGUCAUACCCUGGACAUGGCCUGUUACAGCCCCCAGUGUGAGCCGGGCUGCGUGUGCCCCCCGGGGCUGGUGGCCGACGGGAGCGGGGGCUGCAUUGCCGCUGAGGACUGCCCCUGCAUGCACAACGGGGCCAGCUACAGGCCGGGGGAGACCAUCUGGGCAGGCUGCAACACCUGCACCUGUGAGAACAGAAUGUGGCGGUGCACAGAAGAGCCCUGCCAGGCCACCUGUGCCCUGUACGGGGAUGGCCACUUCCUCACCUUCGAUGGCCAGCGCUACACCUUCAGUGGGGACUGCCAGUACACGCUGGUGCAGGACCACUGCGGCGGUAACGGCAGCGCCAAGGAUGCCUUCCGUGUGGUCACCGAGAACGUCCCCUGUGGUACCACGGGGACCACCUGCUCCAAGGACAUUAAGAUCUUCCUGGGGAGCUAUGAGCUAAAGCUGAGCAGCGGGAAGGUGGAGGUGGUCCAGAAGGGCGCAGGCCAGGAGCCGCCCUACACCAUCCGCCAGAUGGGCAUCUACCUGGUGGUGGACACCGACGCAGGCCUGGUGCUGCUGUGGGACAGGAGGACCAGCAUCUUCCUGAGACUCAGCCCCGAGUUCAAGGGCAGGGUCUGCGGCCUGUGUGGGAACUUCGAUGGCAAUGCCCUCAAUGACUUCACCACGCGGAGCCAGGCCGUGGUGGGUGACGCGCUGGAGUUUGGAAACAGCUGGAAGCUCUCCCCGUCCUGCCCGGACGCCCUGGUGCCCAAGGACCCCUGCACCACCAACCCUUACCGCAAGGCCUGGGCCCAGAAGCAGUGCAGCAUCAUCCACAGUGCCACCUUCGCCACCUGCCAUGCCCAUGUGGAGCCGACCAUGUACUACGAGGCCUGCGUGGGUGACGCGUGUGCCUGCGACUCGGGGGGAGACUGUGAGUGCUUCUGCACCGCUGUGGCCGCCUAUGCCCAGGCCUGCCACGAAGCCGGAGUGUGCGUGUCCUGGAGGACGCCGGACGUCUGCCCGCUGUUCUGCGACUACUACAACCCCCAGGGGGAGUGUGAGUGGCACUUCCAGCCCUGCGGGGCGCCCUGCAUGCGCACCUGCCGGAACCCCAGUGGGCGCUGCCUCCACGAUCUGCGGGGCCUCGAAGGCUGCUACCCCAAAUGCCCACCGUCGGCUCCCAUCUUCGAUGAGGACAAGAUGCAGUGUGUGGACAAGUGCCCAACCCCAACACCCCCCCCACCCUGCCGCAUCCACGGGAAGUCCUACCGGCCCGGGGCCACCGUGCCCUCGGACAAGAACUGCUACUCGUGCAUCUGCACCGAGAACGGCGUGCACUGCGCCUACGACAGUGGUGCCUGCGUCUGCACCUACGACGGGCGGCACUUCCACCCGGGGGACGUCAUCUACAACACGACAGACGGCAUGGGCAGCUGCAUCUCCGCCCACUGCGGGGCCAACGGCACCGUGGAGAGGAGGGUCUUCACCUGCAGCCCCUCCACCCCCAGGCCCCCGACCACCUUCUCCUUCUCCACGUCCCCACACACAUUCAGCUUGAGGCAGACCACAGGUGUGGGCUCCAGCCCCACCCAGAGCACGGUGCACCCAGUGCCUGUGAGCACAGCCUCAUCCACAGCCACGGGCACGCCCCUCAGGACCACGCCUGCCACACCCCCUGUUUCGUCCUCUGUCCACUGUGGGGAGAAGUGCCUGUGGUCCCCCUGGCUGGAUGUGAGUCGUCCCGGGCAGGGCGUGGACAGUGGUGACUUCGACACGCUGCAGAACCUCCGUGCCCACGGGUUCCGGAUUUGCCAAGUGCCGAGGGCAGUGCAGUGUCGAGCUGAGGACGCGCCCGAGGUGCCGCUCCAGGCCCUGGGUCAGCGCCUGGAGUGCAGCCCGACAGCUGGGCUGACCUGCCACAACAGGGACCAGGCAUCAGGCCUGUGCCACAACUACCAGAUCAGGGUCCUGUGCUGCAGCCCCUUGCCCUGCCCCACCUCCAGCCCUCCAGCCAGGCACAGGACUACCAACACGGUCCCCAUGACCAGUGCCACCGUGUCCUCCACACCUGUCAGAACAUCGUUCCUGAAGUCUAGCCCAACUCCAAAAACAACUUCAGGAACACCCUCUGCCUCUGCAUCACCCCCGGGAAGGUCCCAGGUCACGAGUGUGCCCACCACCUCUGGAGUCAGCCCGGUGAGCUGCUUACGGGAGUCCUGCACUUGGACACAGUGGAUGGAUGGCAGCUACCCCGGGCCUGGAAAGGACAGUGGAGAUUUUGACACUUUUCACAACCUGAGAUCCAAAGGGUAUAAGUUCUGUGAAAGGCCCACAAGUGUGGAGUGCAGGGCUCAGUUCUUCCCCAACACGCCCCUGGCAGAGCUGGGACAGCAGGUGACCUGCAACUCUGAGGAAGGGCUCAUCUGCUGGAACAGGGACCAGCUGCCGCCAAUCUGCUACAACUAUGAGAUCCGGAUCCAAUGCUGUGAGCUGGUGGACGACUGCAGGAACGAGACCAUAGGGACCCCGAAAUCCAUCGCCACACACCCCAAGUCCACGGAGGGCAGCACCACCACGAAGACCACUGUGACCACGGGAAGUCAGGCCACCUCGACAGGGCACACUACCCACCCAACACCAGUGCACACAAGUAGAGGGACAUCAGUGGGCACAAAGGUCACCCAAUCCCAGACCACCGACUGCCAGCCACAGUGCACCUGGACCAAGUGGUUCGACGUGGACUUCCCAGACCCCGGGCCCCAUGGCGGAGACACGGAAACCUACAGCAACAUCCUGAGCAAGGGAGAGAGGAUCUGUCUCCAACCUGAGGACAUCACCCGGCUGGAGUGCCGAUGCCGCAACCAGGAGCAGCAGGGGCCCUUGGGGAUGUGCCUCAACUACGAGGUGCGUGUCCUGUGCUGCCACACCCCCGACGGCUGCCCGACCACUGGGACACCUGCCUGGACUACACCCCCCGAGCCCUCCUCUUCAGUGCCCUCCACCUCAGCUGUGUCCUCCCCGUGGUCGCCCAGCUCUGCGGCAUCAUCCACCCUUCCCUGCUUCUGCAGCGUGCUGGACCAGCUGUACCCUGCAGGGUCCAUCAUAUACCGCCAGAGAGACCUCUCUGGCCAUUGCUAUUAUGCCUUGUGUAGCCAGGACUGCGAGGUGAUCAAAGGGGUUGACCACGACUGUCCUUCCACUACGCCGCCCCCUACCUCAGUUUCGUCCCUGUCCAUGUCCACCCCUGAGACAGGGUGCCCAAAUAUGCAUCCCCCAAGAGAGAAAGGCGAGACCUGGCCCAUGCCAAACUGCACCCAGGCCACCUGCGAGGGCAACAGCAUCAUCUCCCUGCGUCCACGCCAGUGUCCAGAGGUGAAGGAACCCACUUGUGCCAACGGCUACCCAGCCCUGAAGGUGGCUGACCAGGACGGCUGUUGCCAGCACUACCAGUGCCAGUGUGUGUGCAGCGGCUGGGGCGACCCCCACUACAUCACGUUCGACGGCACCUACUACACGUUCCUGGACAACUGCACCUACGUGCUGGUGCAGCAGGUGGUACCCGUGUUCGGCCACUUCCGCGUGCUCAUCAACAACGACUUCUGUGACCCCAAGGACCAGCUGUCCUGCCCACAGGCCAUCAUCGUGGAGUACCACCAGGACCGCGUGGUGCUGACCCGCACGCCCGUUGGCGGGGUCAUGACCAACCAGAUCAUAUUCAACAACAAGGUGGUCAGCCCUGGUUUCCAGAGCAACGGCAUUGCUGUCUCCCGCGUGGGCAUUAAGAUGUACGUGACCAUCCGGGAGAUUGGUGUCCAGGUCAUGUUCUCGGGCCUCAUCUUCUCUGUGGAAGUGCCGUUCAGCACCUUUGCCAACAAUACCGAGGGGCAGUGUGGUACCUGCACCAAUGACAAGAGGGACGAGUGUCGCCUGCCAGGAGGCACAGUGGCCCCCUCCUGCUCCGCCAUGUCAGGCCACUGGAAGGUGGACGUCCCCGGCCAGCCACACUGCCAUGGGCCUCCCCCGACACCUCCCUCCACCACACCCCAGACCACUCCUGUCCAGUGCCCCCCAUCGCCACUCUGUGAGCUGAUCCUGAGCAAGGUCUUCCAGCCCUGCCACCACGUCAUCUCCCCGCAGUCCUUCUAUGAAGGCUGCGUCUUCGAUUACUGCCACAUGACCCCCCCGGACGUGGUGUGCUCUGGACUGCAGCUGUAUGCGGCGCUGUGUGCCUCGGAAGGCGUGUGCAUCGACUGGAGGGGCCACACCGACCAGGCCUGCCCCUUCCCCUGCUCGGCUGGCAAGGUGUACCUGCCCUGUGGCCCGUCCAGCCUCCCCUACUGCUACGGGAAGGACAGCACCAGCUCCCUGGCCCUCCCGGAGGCCGGUCCCAUCACCGAGGGCUGCUUCUGUCCUGAGAACACGAUGAUUUUCAGCAGCGACGCCCAAGUCUGUGUGCCUGCCAACUGCAGCUGGUGCCUGGGGCCCCAUGGGGAGCCAGUGGAGCCGGGCCACACCAUCAGCACCGACUGCCAGGAGUGCACCUGCCAGGACAGCUCCCAGAACCUGACCUGCCACAGGAAGCCCUGUCCCCUGCCCCCCGCCUGCCCCUUGCCCGGCUUAGUGCCUGUGCCCACGGCCCCAAAGGCUGGACAGUGCUGUCCCCAGUUCGUCUGCGCCUGCAACACCAGCUACUGCCCGGAGCCCCAGCACUGCCCCAAGGGCUCCCGCCUGGUCCUGACCCAUGAGGAGGGGGCCUGCUGCCCAAGCCAAAUCUGCCGCGGAAUCGGCUGCAAUGUCAACGGCACUGUCUACCAGCCUGGCGCCGUGGUCUCCUCCAGCCUGUGUGAAAGGUGCUGGUGCGAGGCAGCCAGCAGCCCCCCGUCGGGCAGUUUCCUGGUCAGCUGUGAGACCCAGAUCUGCAACACCCACUGCCCCCUGGGCUUCGAAUACCAAGCUCAGAGCGGGCAGUGCUGUGGAAAGUGUGUGGCGGUGAGCUGUGUCGUGAACACCAGCAGAGGCCGUGACCACUUCCUCCACCCUGGUGAGUCCUGGUCAGACCCCGAGAACCGCUGUGUGACCUACCGGUGUGAGAAGCACCAAGACAGGCUCGAGGUGGUGACCGUGGAGAAGCAGUGUGCAGCACUCGGCUGCGCUCGGGACCAGGCCCGGCUGAGCUCCGACGGCUGCUGCUUCGUCUGCCCACACGUUGAGACGUCCUGCACGCUGCACCAUAGGAACCAGACCAUCCGGCAGGGCAGCUGCAGCUCGGCCACACCUGUGCGCCUCUCCUACUGCCAGGGGAACUGCGGGAACAGCACCUCCAUGUACUCCCUGGACACCUACACGGUGGAACGCAAGUGCCAGUGCUGCCAGGAGCUGCGGACCUCACGGAAGAAGGUGAGCCUGACCUGUGCCGACGGUUCCAGCCGGACCUUCAGCUACACCCAGGCAGAGGCCUGUGGCUGCCUGGGCCAGCAGUGCCACUCACCAGGUGACACCAGCCACUCAGGAUCAUCGGAGUCUGAGUCCAAGAAGAGCAAAGAGCAGAGCCAGGAGUCAGGGAGCAGUAGCUGGGAGGGACUGCCCAGGCCUCCCCAGUGAGCUGGCCAGUGCUGCUGUGUCCUCUGGGACACACCAAGGAAAACGUCCUUUGAAUCCUCCAAGGCCAGUAGAACAUGCACCCUCGUCAAGGUGGCUGCUGUCUAGGACAUGCUGUCCACCC